AUGAUCUUUAGUUCCUGGAAUGUUAGGGGGUUGAGGGGGCAUGGGAAGUUGAGAAUGAUUAAGGACUUAAAGCAAAAAUAUAGAUUGAAUAUGUUAGGUUUGAUUGAGACCAAAAGACAUGUAGUAACAAAAUUUGAUGUAGCUAGAAUUUGGGGGUGUGAUAGCGCAGGAUGGGAAUAUGUUGAAUCUGAUGGUGCAUCGGGUGGUUUGUUGAUAAUAUGGGAUGAAACGAUCUUUAAAAUGAGUAAUUUCUAUAAAGGGCAGAGGUGGUUGUGUGUGGAAGGGGUCAUAUUAAAGAAUAGUUUUAACUGUGCUUUUUUCCUGGUUUAUGGUGUUCAUACUAGAGAUGAAAAACUUGUUGUGUGGGAGGAGUUGAGCUAUACAGCUGGAUUAUGCCAGGUCCCAUGUUGCUUCAUGGGAGACUUUAACGAGAUUGUUCAUGUAGAGGAAAGAAAAGGUACUACUAGCUUAACAAUAUUUGUGGAAGAAUUCAAGAAUUUGAUACAGGAUAUGCACUUGGUGGACUUAGCGCUCAAUGACUGUAAGUUCACUUGGUUUAGAGGUUGUUCAUGCAGUCGGAUUGAUAGAGUUCUACUCAUUCUGGAAUGGGUUGAGGAAUUCCCAGAGGUUCGCUUGAGAGGAGGACCAAGAGGGUUGUCAGACUAUUGCCCGAUGAUAGUGGAAGAUACUAGGUGGAGAUGUGGACCUAGACCGUUCCGGAGCCUUGACUCAUGGUUCACACAUGAAGGCUUUUUGAGAAUGGUUAAAGAGGAAUGGAGGGGGUUAGGGGAGAUACAGUUCACAGAUAAAUUGAAGGCCUUGACGGUUGGGGAGAUGGCACAGGGAUAA